AUGGCGCAUUUCCAGUUGCCAUCCAUUGCUGUAAACCCCUCCAGUUGGGGCCCGCCUUCGGGCACCAGUGCUGCUCGUGCACUUCCCGAAGAGUUUCAGCGCAUUCCCUUUACGCCCUUCUCCAAGAGUGACAGGAUCGGUCGCAUUGCCGACUGGAACACGGCUGGUACGGGCGCCGAGGACCGCAACACCACUGUGACAGGCCGCUCGGCACGCAGCACACGCAGUGCGGCAGCGCCUAGCUACGCUACUGGUGCGCAGGUAAACACGUUUGCGUACUUCCACGGCGAGGACGAGUCGAGUUUCAGUGUCGUGGACAAUGCGCGUAACACGGCGAAGAGCCGUACCGCGACGGGUCCUAUGCAGCGCAACGCACGUAGUGCCCAGCCAGCUGGUCGCACGCAGGCAUUUGGCCGCAGCGGUGCGGCUGGCCGCGCCGGUGGUCGUAUGUCUACGGCGAGCUCUCGCGGCAACAACGGCAUGCGCCGUCCGGGCUGGCGCGAUUGGGAGCGUACGCAGCGCAAGGCGCGGGAGGCCUCGAUUACAGUCGGGCCAGAAUGGGAGCAGCUUAACGAGCUGGACUUUCUGCGUAUGUCGAAGCUGCGUAUGGACGUCGAGGACGCUGAAGAUGUGGCGACGUACGGUACUCUGUACCAGUACGACCGUACCUACGACCGCGUGAGUGUACGCUUUGAGAAGCCGCUGCAGCCGCGUGAUCGUGUGCACUACAACCCGACGACCUCGGACGACCCUGUGAUCCACGAGCUGGCAUCGAAGGACCAUGCGGCGCAGGUCUACAUUACUGACUCGAUCUUGGCGCUGCUCAUGUGUGCCCCGCGCUCGGUGUACCCAUGGGACAUUGUGGUUACCAAGACGGACGAUGGCAAGCUGUUUUUCGAUAAGCGAGCGAACAGCACUAUCGAUUUCUUGAGCGUGAACGAGAACGCGUCGGAGCCGCCGAUCGAGCUGAACGAUCCUGCGAACGGCCCCUCGCCGGAGAACAACACACGGGCUCGCAUCAACACACCAGGCGCGCUAAGCCUCGAAGCGACGUUUGUCAAUGAAAACUUUGGUUUCCAGGUGUGUGAUGAGACCAAGACACACAAGAUGGACCACCCGAAUCCGUUCCACGAUGGUGAGAAUGCCGAGGAGGGCAAGCUUGCAAGCUGUAGCUACCGCUACCGCCGCUUCAACCUGAGCACGGACGAGGAAGAUCCCGUGGAGAUGAUCGUCCGAACUGAGCUGAAUGCGUUUGUACCUGGUGCUGACAAGAAGAAGACUGCACAGCUGAUUACCAUUCGCACUCUCAACGAGUUCGACAGCCGUGCGCCUGGCGCUGGCGGUGCGCCGGACUGGCGUUCGCGCCUGGAUCAGAGCCGUGGUGCCGUGGUCGCUACAGAAAUGAAGAACAACUCUUUCAAGUUGGCACGCUUCACCGUGCAGAGCAUUCUCGCCGGUGCGGACAACAUGAAGCUCGGCUACAUCUCGCGUGCGAACCCCCUGGACCCGUACCGCCACUCGAUCCUUGGAACGUCGUGGUUCAAGCCGCGCGACCUUGCUGUGCAGAUGGCCUACAACCUCUCGAACGGUUGGGGUAUCGUGCGUACCAUCAUUGACAUGGCACGUGCGCAGCCAGCCGGUCGUUUCGUGCUGGUGAAGGACCCGAACAAGCAGAUUGUGCGCUUCUUCAGCGUGCCAUGGGACUUUGAGCAGCAGGACGAAGAGGAUGAGGAGGAAGAAGACGUGGAAGCGGACGAGGACGUGGUCGAUGAGUAA